GCUGUGGCGCUGCAAUUUUUAGCUAUGUCUUGGGCUACUCCAAUAUUUUCGUGUUUGUGUAUGUGUUUUAACUGGCAGCACUGGUAUUUUUGGACUCUGUAUCCAGAGGUGUGUCGUGCUUAAUCAAAAUUUGUUUUCAUCAGGAACAUUUAACUUUGGAUCCGUAAAUUUUUUACUUUUAACAGAUCGCUCUAUAGUUGUUGUAACGUUUGCAAUGGCCAGUAAACGUAAACGCGUUGUUCUCAGUGUUUCCGAUAAACUUAAAAUAAUAGAUCAGUUGAAGUGUGGUGCUAGUGGAUCAAGCUUAGCUCGGAAAUAUGGAGUUGGAAAUGCCACAAUAUCGGACAUUAAAAAGAACAGUAAUGCCAUUAAAAAAUUUGCGAGUGUACUUGACAGUGAAGACGGAAGCUUGCACAGAAAAACGAUGAGAAUGGCAGAAAACAAGGAUUUGGACAUUGCAGUUUUCACGUGGUUCAUGCAGGUACGUAGCCAAGGACAACCAAUAAGUGGCCCUUUGAUCUGCGAAAAUGCUCUUCAAAUGAACAAGAAACUAGGCAGUAAAGCUGAUUUUAAAGCGACUUCCGGCUGGCUUAAACAUUUCAAAUCUAGGCAUGGAAUUAGGGAAUUGGACAUCCAGGGUGAAAAACUGUCCGCUGAUACUGAAUCAGCUAAAAGUUUGAAAGUGUCUUUUAAGAACAUGAUCGAUAAGGAGGACUACAAAAAAACCAAUGUCUACAAUGCAGACGAAACUGGUUUGUAUUGGAAAAAAAUGCCAACAAAAACCCUAGUUUCUAAGAAUGAAAUGUCAGCACCUGGUUUUAAGGUAAGCAAAUUACGCAUUACUGUUAUGGUAUGUGGAAAUGUUACCGGAACACACAGGCUAUCUUUGUUAAUCGUAGGAAAAUCUAGAAAUCCGCGGUGCUUUAAAAGAAUAAAAAAAUUGCCGGUGACCUACAAAAAUCAAAAGAAUUCAUGGAUGGAUACAACCAUUUUUAUAGAAUGGUAUGACACUGUAUUUAUCCCUGAAGUCAAAAAGCACCAGCUUAUAACUGGAAAUUCUGGAAAUGUUUUGUUGUUAAUUGAUAACGCCCCAAGCCAUCUCGGAAAGUUUAAAGUUGUUUACUUGCCUCCCAACGUUAUUCCAAUCCUCCAACCGAUGGACCAAGGGGUCAUUGAAAGCUUCAAACGAUAUUACAGGAAGGCAUUGCUGCGUAUGAUAAUAAUCGGGGAGAAAUGUGAAAAAACAAUUCAGCAAGUGUACGCUGAAAUUAACUUAAAGGAUACUAUGUACAUGGCAGCAGAAACUUGGGCUACUGUCAAGGACAGUACACUAGCAACAGCUUGGAAUAAGCUCCUACCAUCAGAUGAGCCUAUCACUGCACCUAAAGAGCCAACAAGGAGCCAAUUUGAAUCACAACUGUUUGCCCUCAUUAAAGAUUGCUCAGGACUUAAAGAAUGUGAUAAAGAAAACAUUCAAGACUGGCUUAAUUGUGAUGUCAAUGACCAUGGCAAUCAAAUAUUGUCGGACGAUGAAAUCAUUGCCAAUGUCUCGAUGACCAAGACCCCUGCGAUAACGAGGAAGACGGAGGCUAACGACGCUGACCGUGCUGAUAAAGGACCAUCCAGUGAGGAAGCUUUUCAUUGCCUUGAGACGGCUCUGAAGAGGUUAGAAGAGCAAGAAUAUGAUGCUAUCCAAUUGCUGUUUUUAAGACGUUAUAUAAAGAACUAUUCUAGGAGCUGCGAACCUAUGGCACUCGUGACCAAAGUGGCACAUAGUGAUAAAGAAAAAGAAUGCAUCACUUGCGGGAAAACUUUGGAAGACGACUGGAUUCAAUGUCAUAAAUGUAAGGAAGGAUUGGACUCGAGUUGA